UCAUUCUCAAGUUUUGUUUUCCCCUUCAUUUCUUCUAAGCAAAAACCCUAGUUGUGAGAUAAGGAGUAAAAAUCAUGGGGAUUUUAUCUUGGUUAACAGGAAAAGAAGCAGCUCCAGUGACGCAAACGAAAGAGAGUGGAGAUGUGAAACCUGUUGAGAAAAUCUCAGAGAUAUCAGAAAUGAAUGGAGCUAUGGAAGUACCUCGACCAGCUGAUGUAACUGUUUUUGAAUUUGGGUCUGCUGCUGUUUCUGCUGAUAAGGUAACAUUAGCUGGAUAUUGCACUGUUUCUGAAGAACUUGAACCUUGUCGUUGGGAAAUUUUGCCUGGAACUACCUCUGAAGCUCCACAAUUUCGGGUAGUUUUCUGAUAAAUUUUGUAAAAUAAAAGUGGGGGAAGAUAUAUAUGCAGAAAAUCCCUUAAUGUUUAGUUCUGUUUGAUGGUUAAUGUUGUGGGUUUUGUUUCUUAUGUUGAAUGCUUAACUUUCAGAAAGGAUUGAAACUUUUAAUGAAAUUGAGUUUGUUAAAGAUUGUUGCA